CCCCGGCAGCAUGGUCAAGGGGGGAGCGACUGAUGCGUUGCAAGCUAGCCAGUGUCCAUCGCCUGUUUGACCUGUACGGCUGGGCUCAGAUGAGCCGGACCUGCCUCACUCUUUGUGUCAGUAAGGAGCUGGAACACUUCCUGGUGCUUCCAGACGGCCUGAGCUACAGCGAGGUCAUGGGCUCCAGUCUGGUUAAGGUGAAUAUUCUGGGCGAGGUCGUGGAGAAGGGCAGUACCAGCCUAGGGGUGGAUUCAGAGAAGUUCAGUCUGCACUCGGCCAUCUACUCGGCCCGGCCAGAUGUUCGUUGUCUACUUCACCUCCACACGCCAGCUACAGCCGCAGUGUCAUCAAUGAAGUCCGGCCUCCUGCCGCUGUCCCAUGAGGCUCUGCUGGUUGGUGAUGUGGCGUACUAUGACUACAAUGGUGUGAUGGAAGAGGAGGAGGACAGGGUGGAGCUACAGAAGAGCCUGGGGCCCACCUGUAAGGUUCUGGUGCUGAGGAACCACGGCAUCAUGGCGCUGGGCAAGUCCAUGGAGGAGGCCUUCUACAUGAUCUACCACAUCCAGGCCGCAUGCCAGAUACAGGUACUGCACACAGACACAUUCACGUUCUCCUGCUGGCUCACUGGACUCUGCUGGAGAAGAUGAGCCUCACAUUUGUGUAGGU